CACUUUUGUAUUAUUAUAUGUAGUUCUAUUCUUCACUUGGACAAUAAGUCUCCUUAUAUACAUAUAUAUAUAUAUAUAUAAAUGGGAGAAGGAUUUUCAUCAUUUUCUUCUUCUUUAUCAUAAUCAAAAAAAUGAAGACGGCGGCUUUGGUUCUAUCUCUAUUUUAUUCUUUCUUCUUUAUCAUGAAUGCUACACCCUUUUUAUCAACAAUAAAAGACAAAAAGGGAAUCCUAUUAAAACAAAAGAGAGAAGAUUCAAGAAAUAGAUCUCAAGAUGCUCAAUUAGGAGGAGCUCUUCGAGGAUUCGUUAUCCCAAAUAUAGGUCAAGUUGUGCCUUCCAACCUUCUUGGUGGAAACCCUCCAGAUGAGGAUUAAUAUAACUUGUUUAUUAUUCAUAACAUAAAAGUAGAUACAUGUAUACAUCUAUUUAUAUGUAUAAAGGAGAUGCAUUAUAUCCUUGUAGAAUAAAUCAAGGUUGGAGAUUGUGGAUAUAGUGACUGUUGUUGUUGUUGUUGUUGU